AUGGACAGGCAGAAGAGCGUGGCCAAAUGGGGAGCGGCAUGUGCUCCUUGUGCUGCAGCCAAGGCAAAGUGUAUACGCUCCAAUCAAGCCUCGGAUGCAAAGUGCGACAGGAGAACGGCCCAGCUGGAACAACGCCUCAAUGGCCUUGUCGAUCUGUUGAAGGCGACAGGUGAACUUCCCACUCGUUCGAAUGGGAAAGAAGACUCGGCACACGGUUCAUCUGUAGCGACAGAAGCAGAGCAAUCUGCCACUGGCAGUCAACUUCCUACCGGCAUAUCACGAGAGACACUACAGAAACAUGGGUUCAUUCACAUCCCUUCGACUUACAUGUCCUUCACCCCGCCGACAUGCAUCUGCCGACCAGAGGGCGGCCUGUACCCUGAGCCCACAGAGUCCGACGAGGUCAUGGUGGAGAGGUUCCAGAAGCACAUGAGCCCUCUCUUUCCCUUUGUGGUCAUUCAUCCCGGCACGAUUCCAGCUCAGCUCCAUGCAACGAGACCUUUUCUGUUUAUGUGCAUCAAGAUGGUGGCGUCGAUCAACAACCGCCAAGUGAUGCAGGGACAGAUGUUUAAGUGCAUGGAGUUUCUCUCCGACGACAUGCUGAUGCGGGCCGGGCGGUCACUAGACUUGCUGCAAGGCCUCAUCGUGGUCCUUGGCUGGUAUCAUCACCACUGUCUGAUGCAUGCCCAGAUGAACAACCUAAUAGCCUUAGCUAUAAGUCUAGUGGCGAGUCUGGGUUUCAAUAAGCCACCCAUUAUGCCGGAGCGGACUCGCCUGCUGGUGAUGGAUCCUAUCGAGCCAAUGCCCAGGACCAAUGCCGAGAGAAGAGCAUUGCUGGGUGUCUGGUACUUGAAUUCAACCGUCUCUCUUGGGUUUGGAAGGAUAGAGCCUAUGAGAUUCUCACGGUACAUGCAGCAAUGCCUGAAGGAGCUUGAGGACUCCAAAGAAUACGACACAGAUAUGUAUCUGGUACAUCUGAUCAAACUACAACACUUGAGUGAGAAGAUUACCCGGAUCAACCAGGAGGAUGAAGUCGAGGAUCUCCCAGGGAUUCCACGAGCCCCUGUGUCAGCCUACCAGUCUGCGUUCCAGCACGAACUCGACAGGAUAAAAGGCUCAAUGUCGAAGUCUCUCAAAAACAACAAAUUUCUCAUGUGCCAUGUGCACACCGCCGCCCUCCACCUCUACGAACCUCCUACUACUGACUCCUCUCUCCUCGCCCGGAUGACUGAGUCCAUCACCACGACGAACCUACACCAACCGUCCGCACUGGACAUAUUCUACAGAUCGCACGGCGCUCUCCGCUCUUGGUUUGAUCACUUUUUCUCCAUCGCCCUCUCGUCAUACCAGUGGCUGCCCAUGCCGUUCUCCUGCCAGCUCAUCUACGCCGUCAUCAUGCUGAGCAGGUGGAGCAAGCUCGUCAUACCCGUCGAGCCGCCGGCAACAGGCAAGACACCUGCUCCCAAUGACCCUAGCGUAAACAACCCCGCAGCCUCAAGGACGCCUGGGGAUGAGAUCCUCGUCGCUGCCCAUCCCACACCCACUGCAACAUCCCCAUCGCCAAGCGUGCCUGGAGACAGAUCAGCGCCUGCCAUUCUCGCCGCGCUGAAGUCGCAGCUCCAGGCACAGCCCGAGCUGAAUCUCGAUAUCGCCGGCAUCCUCGCCGGGCUGAGCAAGCGGUUCUCCCAGGUGGACAAGGAGAUACUCAACAUCGGGCCCAUGGACUCGAGGGGCAAACGCGAGAUGAGCAUCUGGAGCCUGUCCGCGCGCAAGAUCAUGAUCAUGCGGGCCAAGCUGGAGCACUGGGCCGAGUACGCGCUGCAGGGGGCCGAGGCGCUGCUGACCAAGGGCGGGGCGGAGACCGACAGCGAGAGCGAGCCGGACGACGAGGCCGGGCAGAGCAGCAGCGCCGCCGGGGCGGAAACGAGUCCCGCUACGUCUUGGGACCCCCUGAGCGCCCCGUUUACGGGGAACGUGGGCACGUUUCCCGUGGGUCGCUCGGAUGCCCACAUGCCGUACCCAGGACAGGUCCCUGGGGGUGCAGUUGCUGCCCCAGGAGGUGGAGGGGCCGCUAGCCUGGAGACGCUGGACCACAACCUUUGGAGUCGUGAUCCGUACGAAGAAUACGGGGGUAUGGCAUCCGGGUUCUGGUUUGACUGUGCGGAUGCGGAUUUCGAUAUGAACAUGAUAGAUACCUUUGCUACUGCUACCUAG